GCAUGUCAUCUGCAUGUUGUCAUUCAUGGGUGUAGCCGCAGACCCUCGGUCCUAAAACCUAGCGGGAGAUUCUGUUCGCUGUAGGCUGAGGAAAAAAGAGGCCUCUGUAUUUAAUUUUUAAUAUGUCUUACAUACCAGGACAGCCUGUCACAGCUGUAGUGCAACGGAUUGAGAUUCAUAAACUACGAGACGGUGAUAAUUUAAUACUGGGUUUUAGCAUUGGAGGGGGUAUUGACCAAGAUCCAUCACAGAAUCCAUUCUCAGAGGACAAAACAGACAAGGGCAUCUAUGUCACAAGGGUGUCAAAAGGAGGACCAGCAGAAGUUGCAGGCCUUAUGACAGGGGAUAAAAUAAUGCAGGUGAACGGCUGGGAUAUGACCAUGGUGACACAUGACCAAGCACGUAAAAGGCUAACAAAAAAGGCUGAAGAUGUGGUCAGGCUCUUGGUGACCAGAAAAUCUCUGCAGGAUGCGGUUAGACAGUCCAUGAUGCCACGCUAGUGGAAAUCUGAAAAUCCUUUAUUUGAAUGUCAUUCGUUGAUCAUGCUGCAGAAUGUACUUUUCAUAUAUACUGUAAAAUUAAGCCAAAGAACAUCAGCUAUCGUUUCCUUGUAGCAUCUCCAAGACGGAUCGGAUCUUUCGUUUAAGGUGGUUUUCCAGGUGCAGAUUAAGCCUAGAGACACAUUUUCAACCAGUGAUUUUUGAUUUCUUUGCAGCUGUUUUUUAUGUUACAGUAUACUGGUAUCUGUAUAAGGACUUCAUAUGCGUUUCAUCGCUUUGAUUUUACAUCACUUUCAAAACAGCAACAGUAAUGAUGAACUACAUAAUGCAGCAGUGUUGCAAUAUGUGAAAACGUGGAUGUGGUUGAUUAUUGCAUAUAUGUAGGCUUCUCACUAUCUGAUAACACAUAGUAGUUAUUUUAUUGAUUGCAAAGGCUGUACACAGCUAAACACAAAACACUAAAUCAUUAAUUAUUGCCCUCAGUGUCAGUUAUAUUUUUAUCUUUGAAGUUUUGAGCAAAGCCAAGGAAUCUGUUUCAGCAAUGCCUAAAGACCACUAAUUAUUUUCCUUUAAUUUUUUAUUUGAUGCCUUUUUCUUAUACAUAUCCUUCUUAUCUGCUUGUUUAUGCAUUGUUUUGUCUUUUUUUAAUACCUAAUCUGUUUCAUACCUAAUCUUAUUUUGUUGUAAAUUACCAAAUUAACUCAAUUACUGUCUGUAUUUGAAAAAAGAACAUAAAGGCUUUUUUGGUGCCACACAGUAACAACACUACCUUUGUUUAGUUGACUUUUACAGAUCAUACAACUCCCCAGGAUUUUCUACACUGUCUUGUUCAAAAUCUUUUUGAUAGAUUUUGACAUGUGAUUGUAUUAAAAUAUAUAUUUUUUCCACUUUAAUAAACAGAAGAAUCAUUA